AUGGCUGAGGUGCUGGUGAAUUCCGUAGGUUACGACGAUUCUGACCCAAGUGACUACGAAUCGGAUAAUUCUUACACCUUCACCCGAAAUCAACGCAUAACCAAAACUUAUCCCACAUUCACCAAAACUUAUCCCGCAUUCACCAAAACUUAUCCCGAAUUCACCAAAAAAAGUGUAAACUCUGUAAAAAAUUUGGAAAGGAAUAAUUUAAUUGUGAAUAAUUUUAACCGAAAUGAGCUCAAAUCCCCGAGGUUCGGACUUCUCAACCCACGUAACACUAACAACACAUUGUCUAACACUAACACUAACACUAACAGGGUGACUAAUAACACUAAGAACACAGUGGAUAGUGUAAACUCUGAAGCAAAAUUGUGUAUGGGAGGAGAUGGUGUGAAUGUGGAGAGCUGGGAAGGGUUGUGUAGUAGGAGUAGUUUGGAUACGGUUGACAGUUUAACGCCGCAGAGUAAUGAAAACGGUUUCAGGUGGUGGCGUGACGAACACGACUUUUACGAUUCCGAUGACUCCACCACUACUGAUCCAGUUGUAGACUUAAAUAGUACUAAAUCUGCUACCCGAGAGGGAGCUAAUAAUAUACCCCUAGAGGGAGCUACUAUAAGGGUACCCCUAGAGGGAGCUAAUUAUAAUACUGUUAACAAAGGAGGGGUAGAGGGAGCUACUGGAGAGGAACUAGGAAAGGAAGAGGGAGUUGAAGAUUGGAAGAGUUGGACCGUAGGUACAAAUCAGCUACAACAACUCAAGUCCAAACUACUACACAAACUUCUAAAUCACACCACAGUAGACACAGUAGACACAGUGGACACGGUAGACAGUGUGGAAAUGUCUACUCAUGAUAACCCUGUGAAUGAGUUAGAGUAUUAUAAGCUUAUGAAUCGUCUGUUAUUGGAUAAGUUGUUGUAUGUACUGAAUAACAACUGUAAGCUCGAGUACAGCGUCAGUAACCAAUACGUAACUCUCAUUCAACAACACCUACUCAAAUCACAACUAUUCCUACAGUCACUCACCAAUUUGCAUACUCUAAAUGGCACUCAAAAUACUGUAAAGGAGAAUGUUGAUAGUAUGGAUACUGUAGAUGUAGAAGGAAAUAAUGAAUUCAUUACUCCUACCCGAGAGGGAGCUAACUCUAAUACUAUUAAAUAUAUACCCCUAGAGGGAGCUAUCUUACUAUCAAGGGUACCCCAAGAGGGAGCUAAUAAUAUACCCCUAGAGGGAGCUAAUUAUAAUACUGUUAACAGAGGAGGGGGAGAGGGAGCUAAUUCUAACACUGUAAAUACGGUAAACCCAGUAAAUAACACGGUAAGUGAGGAUAGGAUGAAGAAAUUGGAGGAGGAGAAGAGUGAGUUGGAGGCGAAGCUGCGGGUGAUAGAGGAGAGUAAAAACACGUUAGAGGAAGACUUUAAAAAAACACUGACAUACAUGAAACUCAUGAAAGACCGACUCAAACUCUUUAAACACACUGUCAACAGUAAUCAAGCUAACACCGCAGCUCCGACCAAACCAUUAACCACCAAUAGUAAUAAUAUAAGGCGUAAUAACAGUGUGGUGAGGUUUAAGGAGAUGAGUGAGUUGUAUGUGGUACCGAGGUCACUCUCGGAAACCAGACCCAUCAUCAACAAUAAAAAACCAAGCUUCUUCUCCAAACUCUUCAAAUAA